CAAAAAUCUGACGCAGUGUGUUCUAGGCGUUGCUGCUGUUUCGUUCUCCCUUGAGCAGCAAAGAUAGCUGCUCACGAGAGAACACAGGCAGAGCGGAGCGAGGCACAAGAGGCAGAGAUUUGCCUUUAUUUGGGUUUAAUCUAUUCUUUGUUUGAUAAUGGAACUUGAUAAUGGAACUCGAUUGUGAUACCAGAGAAUGUGCUGGCGGGACCAGCCCAACCGCUCGGAUUCUAUGUUUGACUUGAAAUUGCGGUAGGUUUCCCUUUUCAUUGUGCGGUCUGCAGGCGUAGAUAAAAGAUGCGUGAAGCGCUGCUGGCCAGGUUCAGUCGACUUGAUACCAUUGAUGAACAUUGUUUUCUGUCUCGACAUGGAAUUGCUGUCGUUUUCCCUGUUGUUUGGAUUGUUGAUAAUAAGAACAUUAAUCGAUAAAACGAUGGCACCUAGACCGCCAUGCUACACGGAUAAUUAUUAAUGAUUCCUCUCAAUGAAAACAAGGAGGAGGGGUCGGGCUGUGAAACCAUGGAAGACAAGGAGAACAACCUCAAAACGGCUAAGCUGUGGAGGGAUGCUGCUCUCCGCUCUAGGAAGCUUCGAAGCAACCUGCGUCAGCUAACCCUCUGCUCUAAGAACAGGGAGAAGAUCAUUUUACCUGAGAAUAUUAGCGAGAUAGAGGUGCUCAAUCUAGGCAAUAACUCACUGCAUGAACUACCAGAAGGAUUAGGGUCCACCCUCACAAACCUGCGUGUCCUUGUCCUCCGCAGAAACAAAUUUGUCACAGUUCCUUUUGUGGUGUUUGAACUGGGUCAGCUUGUGGAGCUGGACAUGAGUCACAAUUGCUUAAGCCACUUCUCUGAGGACAUAGGCCUGUUGAAGGGGCUGAAAAAGCUUUGCAUCAGUCACAACAAGAUCCAGUACCUGCCCUCACAGAUUGGGGCCCUGCAGUGCUUGGAGGAGCUGGACGUAAGCUUUAACGACAUACUGGAUUUCCCUAGGUCCUUCUCACAGCUUAAGAGGCUCCGCACUCUGGAUGCCGAUCACAACAAGCUCAACAUUUUCCCUCCGGAGAUUCUGGCCCUUAGAGACCUGGAGGAGCUCGACUGUUCUGGGAAUACGUUUGUGUGUCUACCAGAUGACAUCAUGAAGCUGCAGUCCAUCAAGAUCCUCUGGCUCAGCAGUCUUCAUAUCUCCCGGCUACCUGAUGCGUUCUGUCACCUGCAGAACCUGGAGAGUCUGAUGCUGGACAGUAAUAACAUCACACUUCUGCCUUGUUCCUUUGGAAACCUGCAGAGACUAAAAAUGGUCAAUCUAUCGUCUAAUGAGUUCGAGGAGUUUCCCAAAGUUAUCCUGAACAUUACCGGACUAGAAGAGCUUUACCUGAGCAGAAAUAAACUGUUUUUUGUCCCAGAAGAGAUAGGCCAGCUGCGUAGGUUGGCAAACCUCUGGUUGGACAAUAAUACAAUUACUUAUCUGCCUGACUCCAUUGUGGAGCUGGAGAGACUGGAGGAGCUUGUUUUACAGGGUAACCAAAUAGCCAUACUUCCAGAUAACUUUGGAAAACUUGCCAAGGUAAACAUUUGGAAGGUGAAGGAUAACCCCCUUAUCCAGCCUCCAUAUGAGGUCUGUAUGAAGGGUAUCCCCUACAUCGCUGCCUAUCAAAAGGAACUUGCACAUUCCCAGCUCGCUGUGAAGCCCAGGUUGAAACUGGUCCUGAUGGGGAUGAAAAACGCUGGGAAAACACGUCUCCGGCAGAGCGUGGUGAGUGAGGAGGAUGCCAGCUCUGCUCAGGGAAACCAAGGGAUUGAUGUGACUAACUGGGUGGCGGAUGCUGAUCGCAGUCUUACGUUUUUAGUGUAUGACCUGUCAGGCAAGCCAAACUAUGACCUCAUCAAACCUUUUUUUCUCUCGCCUGGUGCUCUGUAUGUCCUGGUAGUGAAUCUGAAAACAUACUCACCCAAGAACUUCUACGCCCAUGUGGGCUACUUCCUCCACCUUCUCGGUGCCAAAGUGCCCCACGCGGUGGUGUGCAUGGUGGGCACACACUCGGACCUGUGUGGAGACAUGGAGGUGGAGGAAAAAAGUCUGGACAUACACAGACAAAUUGCCCUGCAGGAGAAAUGGGACACUCAUUGCCUGCGGAGCCUCACACAGCAAGUAGACCACGCCCUGGAGCAGGGCUACAACGUCCGCACCUCCAGCCCUCAGAUCCUCUUUUACGGUGUCACGGAUAAGAAUCUGAGACGGAAGAAAGCCCAGUUGCAGUACAUGCUCAACCACAGACUGCAGAUCCUUUCCCCUGUCCUGUGUGUCAGCUGCACAGAGAGCCAGAGGAACAUCCAGAGACUGCGGGAGAAGCUCAUGUCAGUGGCUGACCACAGGGACAUCUUCCCCAACCUCCAUCGUGUGCUGCCCAAGUCCUGGCAGAUGCUGGAGGAGCUGCACUUUAAGCCCCAGGACCUGUGGCUCUCGUGGUGGGACUCCGCCCGCUUGGGCCUCCAGGCUGGACUCACAGAGGACCGCCUGCAGAGUGCCCUGUCUUACCUUCAUGAGAGUGGGAAGCUACUCUACUUCGAGGACAGUCUGACGCUAAAGGAGUACGUCUUCCACAACCUACCGCGCUUCAUUGCCAUCCUAAACGUCUUUCUCCAGAGGGAUGAGUCCACGCUGCUGGAGAGGCUCCUGUCGAACGGGGAGAAGGGGAUCAAGAAGAGGAGUGGUGCAGUUCAAGAGGGGGAGAAGGGGGAGAGACUUGGUGCCACCCACCUUCAGCAUCACGUGGAGGGCUUCCUCAGUCAUGGCCUCCUGCCCUCCAACGUCAUCCGGCUGCUCCUGAGACCUCUCAUCCAGACCCAGCAGGACCUCCACCUCAUCAUGGAGUUACUGGAGAAGAUGGGGGUGUGCUAUUGCAUCAACAAGCCCCGAAGCAAGCCCCUGAACGGGGCCACCGUCUGGUACAAGUUCCCCAGCUAUGUCAGCAAUGAGGAGCCCCACGCCGAGGCCUGGGUGAAUGGGGGCGUAGCGGCUGCCAGCCAGUUCUUCUCUGUGGAGCAGCUGCAGAUUGACUAUAGCUUCCCUUUCAUCUUCCCUCCCGGACUGUUUGCGCGCUACAGUGUGAAGAUCAACAGCCAUGUUGUGCAGAGGUCGGACGGAAAGCAUCAGAUCUUUGCCUACCGUGGUAAAGUGCCUGUUCUGGUCAGCUACCGACCAGCUCGGGGGAGGUUGCAGGUCGACACCCUCUCCAUAGCCAGCCAUGCCUCCCUACCAAAUAUCUGGACCGCUUGGCAAGCAAUAACCCCACUAGUUGAGGAGCUGAAUGUCCUUUUGCAGGAGUGGCCUGGGCUCUACUACACCGUUCAUGUUGUCUGUUCCAAGUGCCUCAAGCGAGGGUCGCCCAACCCACACACCUUCUCUGGUGAGCUGCUAAGCCAGCCGCGCCCCGAAGGCCUGACCGAGAUAAUCUGCCCAAAGAACGGUUCAGAGCGGGUCAACGUGGCGCUGGUUUACCCCCCCACGCCUGCGGUGGUCAGCCCCUGUCUCAAAUGACCCCUGCGUCCUGGAAGCUACCAAUGCGGUCUGACUGUACCCUAACGCCCGUCUCUCUAGCCAAACGCCUGCAGCUCUCCAGAGAAGUCUGAACCGGACACCCCAAGUCUCCCCUUAAACACCCCUUCCCCCAGCCCGCCCGGGCGGCAGCCAGACUGGACACACGGCCAUGUGAGGUCACAGAGGUCGGCACCGACGGGUGGACGCAGCAGAGCUGGGAUAAUAUGUAGGUUGUCCAGAUGUUCUGACACUGCCUCACCAGAGUGACAAAUUACUGGGUUGUUUUUUAGACCCUUGCUGUACUCCGUCAAAACGUAGUGUCUUUUCCAACUCUCCUACUCCAUGUUGCCUCCAGUCUGGACAUCUGGCAAACCUCUGCCGACAAUCAACCCAAGACGAGAUGCAGGAAAUUGACAUUUCCAGCAAUCAAUCCAUGCUAUGAAUUCCACAGUUAAGAGAGAUGAGGGGGCAAAAACUUAAACUGGUUUCUCUAAUUUGCUUAUUAGUGGCUUCAUAAAAUGAACUGCCACUCAAUUCUAAUUUCCCAUAAUGCUGCUUAUCCACGCUGUGACUAGAGAAAUGUAAGGAAGAGAAAUGACCAGUCCUCCUGCUGUAUCAUGCUAUGAGUAACAGUUAUGGAGGGCUGGUCCUCCUGCUCUAUCAUGCUAUGACCAACGGUUAUGGAGGGCUGGUCCUCCUGCUCUAUCAUGCUAUGACCAACGGUUAUGGAGGUCUGGUCCUCCUGCUCUAUCAUGCUAUGACCAACGGUUAUGGAGGUCUGGUCCUCCUGCUCUAUCAUGCUAUGACCAACGGUUAUGGAGGUCUGGUCCUCCUGCUCUAUCAUGCUAUGACCAACGGUUAUGGAGGUCUGGUCCUCCUGCUCUAUCAUGCAAUGACCAACGGUUAUGGAGGUCUGGUCCUCCUGCUCUAUCAUGCUAUGACUCAGUAUACCAAAUACAGUCUUGUAUAGCCAAACACAUGAACUACAUAUUCUGCAGAGCAACACAAUAAGCUGUUGUCCAUGUACAGACCCCAUCCUUAGCUUUAGCUUGCAAAGGGCCACAUGUAUCAUCUAUCAGAUGAAAUGCUGUAAUUACAUGUUAUUACAUUAUGUAACAGCAGAAGACUGCCUUUAUGCCAAGGAAAUUCCAGCUCAGAUGUAUUUGUAAAGACGUUUCAUUGUCCUGACCAAAUAAUGGAAGGAUGUUUGUCAUAUGCCAUUUAACCUUUGAGUAAGAAAAUGUUUUCUCUCUCCAAAAAUGAUCAUUGUGUGUUAAUAAAAGUUGUUCUCUAUAUGAAACUGAAAAAGAUGUGUGUAGGAUUUGAGUGUCUUUAUAACAGCUGUUUUUGUUCAUGUUGGAAUGGAGGAAUUCAUUUUGAGAUGUUUUUUCACUGGUAUGGGGAGAUACUGCAAUAUCUUUGGACUUCAAAGAAAAAGUUGAUUAGAACUUUUGUAUAUAAUAUCUUUAUUUUUGUAUGUCGACAAGUUGUCACCACCCUAUCAACAUGAUGUACAUUACAAUGUGGCACAUUGCUCACCUUAGAGUGAAUCAGUGUGAGAGGACAUACUCUUUUAAAUGUAGCUGGUCAAACCAUCUCACAACACAACAUAAAAAGCACCAAAUACAAAUAAACCAUAUACUGGUUAAAUA